UUGUUUUCUAUCCAAGAAAUCGCAAAAUCCGUACCAUCGCCACACUAACAAUGUCGUUGAGCAAAGCCCCACGUAAGACAAUGUUUCGUUUCGUGUUGUCACGAAAUGCCAGCACAUCAAAUGUUCCAUCGCCAGCAAGAAUUCAACUCAAAAAGCCAGCUGAGGCGGGACAUUUCCAAUAUUCUCGUAAUUGGUCAAGAGAUCCACGUUUUGUUAAAGUCGCCAUUCAGAAGGGAGAUACUCCUUAUCAAUUCCUUGUCCGCCGUCUCGGUCACGCUUAUGAAGUAUAUCCACUCUUUGUGCUCACUGCAGCCUGGUUCGUUCUCUUCUGCAGUGCAUCAUACUGGAGUUUUGGAAAAGCCGAAAUCUGGCUUGACAGAAGCAAUUCCAAAGCACCAUGGGACUGGGAGAGACUUCGUGACACGUACUGGAAGAUGCCAACAGUUGCAUUUGACCUCGAUGGACGUACAAGAAAACGCUGUGAGCUCAUGGAACAGCUUCAAGAUGAGAUGUUGGAAGCUGCCAAGAAGAGAGGAACAAGAUAAAUAAAUAGUAUUGAGCUACUAGAUAUUUGGGUAUCGAAUUAUUUGUGUAUAAUAAAAUAUUUGAUGAAUUG